AUGGCUUGUAACAAAGGCAGCAGUGUGGCAGAAGCGGGGUCGUGGGAUGGUUCGGUGUGGAGCUGGAAGUGGGAAAAAAUUCUGCAGCAAGGGGCAGCCCCAGUUCUGGGUCUGUUAGCAGAAUUUUUCUGCUGUUUGCAGCAGUACCAAUUGGAACAGAAUGUAGAGGAUUCAUAUGGCUGGCAGCAUGAUACAGAAAAUGUUUUUACUGUUAAAUCCUGUGUGAAAAUGCUGAAUGAUAGCAAAGAGUCUUAUCUUCCGGCAGCGUUAUUAAAGCCUAUAAAUAAGCUGUGGGAAAUUAAAGUUCCUCCUAGUUUGCUUAUGUUUGGGUGGAGAUUUUUGUUGAAUAGAAUUGCGACCAAAGAACAAUUAUUCAAACGGGGAAUUCUAACGGAUCAUAGAGAUUUAUGUUGUGUUUUUUGCGUUACGGAGAUUGAAUCUUUACCGCACUUGUUUCGGUCUUGCACCUAUUUAACGAAUAUUUGGAAGAAAGUUUAUGAGUGGAUGGGAAUAGAGGAUGGUUUUACAUUGGAUGACUUUAUGGAUUUCCUAUUAAACUGUGAGAAGGUGAAAUGUCACUCCAAAAGGAAUAUUAUGGCGGUCAUUUGGAUAGCUACGGUUUGGUCAAUUUGGCUUACUCGUAACGCUAUCGUCUUCAAAAAUGAGGAAGUAGAGGUUUUCCGUCCUGUUUAUUGUGGUUUGGAGUAUCUCUUAUACUCCCUUUAA